GGUGGCUUAGGCUAUCUUUUGCCCCUUUUUACGCUACAAUCGAAACUCCACGCAAAAUAUCUGCACUCUUGAGGUUUGGACCUAAACUCUAGGAUCAAACAAUCGGGGGGAAAAAAAGUUGCGGACUUGGGUAUCCAAUGAGCUUAAACCUAUCGAAUUCUCUUGGGGUUUCUCUGGAAACCGCAUGUUGCCCCAAAACGAAUGGAGCUUUCAGUUUGAGAUCCAGAAGUAGAGUAUUUGCUAUCACUGCCAUAACCAGCUUCACCGAGGGGAGGGAGGAAGAUGAACUCUUGGUGGUUGUCGGUGGUGGAGCAGCUGGGAUUUAUGGAGCAAUUAGGGCUAAAUCUGUUGCUCCUUCUUUAAAUGUUUUGGUCAUUGAGAAAGGGAAAUUUCUGUCAAAGGUGAAGAUUUCCGGUGGUGGUCGGUGCAAUGUGACCAAUGGGCAUUUCAAUGACAAUGUGAGAUUGGCAGAGAAUUACCCUCGAGGUAAUAAGGAGCUCAGAGGUUCUUUCUUCAACACACAUUGUCCAGCUGAUACCAUGUCCUGGUUUUCUGAGCAUGGAGUUCCCCUGAAGAUUGAAGAAGAUGGGAGAGUAUUUCCCGUGAGCGAUAAUUCAUCUUCCAUAGUCGAUUGCCUCUUGUCUGAAGCAAGGGUUAGGGGAGUUCGCCUGGAGAGUGGAAAAGCUGUACCAGCUACCUCCGUUAGAGACGACGGAAAGUUCCUUCUCAAAGUUUUGAAUCGUGGAGCUGAUGCUCCUGAACACGUUGAAACGACCUAUCUUCUUGUUGCUACUGGAAGUAGCCAGCAGGGUUACUCCUUGGCUGCUCACCUUGGUCAUUCCAUCGUAGACCCUGUACCGAGCUUAUUCACUUUCAAAGUCAAUGACCCCCUUUUGGUUGAACUAGCAGGGGUUAGUUUCUCUAAAGUCCAAGCCAAGCUCAAAUUAGAAGUUGCAGGCUCGAAUGUGCCGAGCCUCACGCAGGUCGGUCCUAUGCUAAUUACGCAUUGGGGACUUAGUGGACCUGUUAUUCUUCGUCUCUCUGCGUGGGGGGCCCGACACCUCUUCAAUACAGAUUACAAAGGGCUGCUUAUUGUGGACUUCAUGCCCGAUUUCAACGUGGAAGAUGUGAAAUCCAUUAUCCGCCAACACAAGCAGCAGUUUCCAAAGCAAAAGGUUUGCAACUCAUAUCCUCCACAGUUGGGUCUGGUGAAGAGGUUCUGGAGAUAUAUACUGUCUCGAGAGGGUUUUGACGGAGAUACGGUGUGGGCAUCGUUGUCAAAUAACUCGUUGAGCUGCAUUUCGCGGCUGCUAAAACAUUGUGCAUUUCAAGUCACUGGAAAGGGUCAAUACAAAGACGAAUUUGUAACAGCUGGGGGAGUACCGUUGUCCGAGAUCUCUUUGAAGACGAUGGAGAGCAAGUUGGUUCCCAACCUUUUCUUUGCAGGAGAGGUACUAAACAUAGAUGGAGUAACUGGGGGCUUCAAUUUCCAGAAUGCUUGGUCCGGUGGAUAUAUUGCAGGAACCCGCAUAGGUAAAUUAGCGACGACCAGCAAUGUUUUCGUGGGAUGAAAUUUUCACGUGUAUGUAAUUGUAUUGUAUGCCACAUUUUCAUUUAAUUCAGCGUUAAGUAAUACAAGUUUCUAACAAACAUAAAUAUCGAUAUUUAUUUGAUC